AUGUGGACUCGGUUGCAGACUCAGUACUUCUCAUCCAGCGAGUGGACUCGGUCCCAGAACAAGGUGUUCCCCAUGUUCCCGGAGGAGGAAGGGGAGGGUCAGUGGGAGAAAGUUGCUGAGGAGAUCAUGAAACGCUAUCAUCAAGCAUUGUUUCGUGAUACGAUCCAUACUGAGUCGACUCGGGUUGAGUUGCCAGCUGACUCGGAUGACUCGCCGGUGGAUGAUGCUAGGUCGCCAAAGUCUAUUAGGAGAAGAAAAGGGAAAUCCUGGAAGCCCUGGACUGAACAAGAACACAGGUUAUUUCUUCUUGGACUGAAAAUAUAUGGCAAAGGAGAUUGGAAAAACAUUUCAAAACAUUGUGUCAAGUCAAGAACUCAUAUUCAAGUAGCUAGUCAUGCCCAAAAAUAUUUCCUUCGCAUGAAAGUUACGAAAAAAGAGAGCAAAAGAAAAAGCAUUUAUGACAUAGCAUUAAAGGACAAACAUACAGAAUUGCAGCGAUUGCAAGCACAAAAUCAAGAACGUGGAAUGAUGCAGAAGAAUUCACUAGAUGACUUUGCAAUUGAAUUUGAAAUUUUAGUUGAAGAUCCCUCUGUAAUUGAUGUUGAAAUAGCUCACAUUGAACUUACCAAGCUACGCGGAGUUAGGAAAGUAGACCUUGGGAAAAUAGAUUUGGUUCACCAUGGAAGGUAUGUCAUAAACUUCUAA